AUGUCGCAGCCCGAUCCGAGCAAGCCCAUCGAUUCCCAUGGCAUCCCAUUCCCCCCCGGGCGCAGCCCGUUUAUGGGGUUGCCCCAAAACAUCAUCUUGCUCAUCGCCCAGGAGCUGGACAACAUGGACAGGAGCCGCUCGCUCUUCAGCCGCCCCAGCGUGUCCACCCUGUGCCAAACCGCUCCCGCCCUGCGCGCCAUCACAGCCAGGGUCAUAUACAACGAGGCCGAUCUCCUCCCUACCUACGACGAAACAUGCCCGCACGAAUUCCUCAUCACCGAUUGCCUCAGGGCCUCAUCCAGGCUCCUCCGCACAGCCCGCUCGACCCCGGAGCUCGCCAGGCUGGUCCUACACCUAAAGAUCGGCCCGCCAGGCCCCAUCAACGCCAUGGACUCCGUCCCCGACGACCUCGUCACCAUGGUGCGCGACAUCGUCCGCCGCAUGUUCAAGGUGCACGUCCUCGAUCACGGCCGAAUCUCCGCCACGAUCGUUCUCAUGGCGCUUGUCAUGUCCCUCCCCAACCUCACCUCGCUCUUCAUCAUCACCAGCGAGAAAUGGCUGAGCACGUCCUUCCUCACCAAACCAGGCGCCCCCGAACCCCCCGUCAACCUCCUCCACAUGCGCGGCCUCAACAUCAUCCCCGACGACCGCCUCGGCGAAACCGACGUCGGCGUGCGUCUCCAACUCUUCAACGGCCUCCUGCACCGCCUCCCAGCACUCGAACGCCUCAACGUCCUCCUCCCCCGCAACGGCGAAACCCUCACCGCCCGCCUGCCCAACCUCAAAACCCUCUACCUCAAACGCGGCCACCUCUCCUACAAAGCCCUCCGCGUCCUCCUGCGCGAUUGUGUCCUCCUCCGACGCGUCAUGAUCACCCACGACGUCUACUCCACCCUCCGCGACACCUUCAUGCCUGUCUCCCCAGCCCAAAUCCUCGAAUGCCUCGACCGCGCCGCAUGCCGCGACACCCUCGAGAAACUCACCAUCCACACCUGGUUACCGCCAGCCCCCAUCCCAGCCCCGGAAAACCCUUACUACCCCCGUCGCGACGGCAACAACAACGCGGACGCGGAUGCCAACGACGACGACGACGACGACGACGACGACGACGAAAUGCUCGACAUCGACGGCAACCCGGUGCACCCCGACGACGACGGCAUGAUCAUCGACUCCGACUCCGACUCCGGCUCGCUGCACUCCAUCUCCACCCUCUCCAGCCUGGUCUCGUCCAUCCACAGCGACGACGGCGAGAACUCCCAUCUCAAAGUCCGGCCGUACCCUGCGCGGCCGGUGCCGGCGGGGGAGUUUGGGUUUUUGGGGGAGUAUAGGCGGUCGUUGGCAGAGGUGGGACCGGGGUUGAGGGCGGUGAGUUUGGAUUAUAAUGCUUUUGGGUGGGUGUCUGAUGCUGAGAAUGGGGGUAAUGGGAAUGGCGGAGAGAGCAGGAUUACGAUAGCGAGGAUGCUGGAUGGGUUGGGGAAUUUGGAGACGGUGUCGUUGUUUAAUGUGUUGUUGGAGGAUAGGUUGAUGUGGGAUUUGGCAGAGUUUAUUGAGCAAUUGCCGUAUAAUGGCUGGCCGAGACUCAGGGAGGUGGUGAUUCAGACACCGAGGAAUAUUGAGCCGAAUGAGAGGUGGCGGCGGUAUUGGCGGCCGGCCAAGAAUUGGACGGUGGCGUGGAAUGGCAUGUCGACGGAUAAGUGGCAGGCGGAGGGACGGUGGGUGUAUAGGUUUACCGUGGGGGGGAGGGUUAGGUUUAACUUGUAUGCCGGACGGUUCGAGACGGACCAUUGGCCGGAUGUGGAGUAUGGGGGGCUGUGA